AUGUCUGCUCGACUCAUGAGCGAUGGCAGUCUCCCCCGGGACUCGUCUCCAUUGCCAGACAUUGAAAUUCAAUCAUCGAGGACAUCCUCAGCCGACUCUACCGCACCCGAACCGGUGCCUAUGGAGAAGAUAGCCACCCAACUAUUCGACGACGAUGAGCCCUUGGACGUUCGAAUCCAGCGUCUGGGACGCGAACGUCCCCCCGCCUUCAAGACGGCGUGGUCCGAAGUGGCUUUUGUUUUCAGCAUUGUCAUGUCGCAGAUCUUGACCGAAUAUUUUGUGUCGGGCUUCAAUGUCAUCCUACCCACGCUCAUUUCCGACCUGCACAUCCCCCAGUCAUCCAGUGUCUGGCCCGCCACCGCAUUCUCUCUGGUCAUUGCCAGUACGCUGUUGGUGUUUGGCCGACUUGGGGACAUGUGGGGUGGAUAUCCUGUCUAUCUCUUUGGUCUGGCAUGGCUGGCGGUCUGGAGCAUCAUCUGCGGCUUCAGCACGAAUGCACUGAUGAUGGACUUUUGCCGGGCGCUUCAGGGGCUGGGAGCGGCCGCGUACCUGCCGACCGGCGUGAUGUUGAUGGGGACCGUCUAUCGGCCGGGCCCUCGCAAGAAUCUGGCCUUUGCCCUGUACGGCACUUUCGCUGUGGUGGGCUUUUUCGUCGGCAUUUUCUGCGGCGGCCUGGUGGGCCAGUUCACUCGAUGGGGCUGGUACUUUUGGAUCGGCGCCAUUCUGACCGCUGUCACCAUCGUAACCUCGGCCCUGUCUAUCCCCAACGACCGACAACAACGCCUGAACAAUGGCAUUACCAUGGAUUGGCUGGGGGCGGGCACCAUCGUCUCUGGUCUGGUUCUGGUCGUCUUUUCCAUCACCGAAUCCGCCCACGCCGAACAUCGCUGGCGCACACCCUACAUCCCCACGCUCUUCUGCGUCGGGUGUCUCUUGCUUUUGCUUGCGGUCUACGUUGAAGGCUGGGUGGCCACGAUGCCACUGCUGCCCAGUGACAUUUUCACGGUGCCUAAUAUGAUCCAGCUCAUCAUUGCAAUGCUCUUGCUGUAUGGCAACGUCGGCAUCUUUCUUUUGUACGGCACACAGUACUUCCAGAACAUCAUGGGCGCCACCCCGCUCCAGGUCGUGGCUUGGUAUGUCCCGAUGAUUCUGGGCGGACUGGUCCUCAGCACCGUGGAAGGAUUGGUUCUGCACCUAGUGUCUGGCCGGCUGCUGCUGAUCAUUUCGGGUCUGGGGGCACUGGGGUGUCAGCUGCUCCUGGCCCUAAUUCCGACGGGUGGUGCCUACUGGGCGUACAUUCUGCCUGCAAUGCUGCUGGCAACAGUGGGCGUUGAUCUUUCCUACAACCUGAUCACCGUCUUUAUCACCACGCAGCUGCCCAAGGCCAGGCAGGGACUGGCAGGGGGCCUCAUCAAUUCAAUCCUCCAACUUGGCUUCGCCGUGGUGCUCGGUCUUGCCGACAUCCUCCAGUCGUACACGGUGGAAACAGACGGCCUCCAGAAGAGUUACAAGAACACCUUUUGGUUCGGUGUGGCCGCCAGUAGUGCGAGUCUGGUGUUGGUCACCAUUUGGGGCAAGGUGCCCAAGGCGAAGAGCGACCUGACGGCAGACGAGAAGUUGGAGCUUCAACGGGAAGCUACCAGGCUGUCGGCAGCCUCACGGCCACAAAACGUGAAUGUCAGUUAA